AUGCUUCUAAUUCAGGGAUGGCGGCAAAUGUGUGGAUGCUACCUGUCAAGGGACAACUUUAUGGCAAAAGCUCGACCGUUGUUACCUGAAGAGAUUCGACGGUUUGUAUGA